CAUAAGUAUAUAAAGCGUCAGUUUACUAUAAAUCUAUAGUGUAUUCCAAUUCACUAACGAGAGAACAUGGUUAAAUUGGUUAUUUUGGUCCUAGCUCUGGCUUUAGCGCCAAGCAUUCCUGCCUUCAGGAUUGCAGCGCAAGACGAAGUAGUAGAACCAGCUUUGUUGCCGGGUGUCUUGGAUCAAAUUCCUUCUAUUGGCAACCAACCUUCCUUCCCACAAAUACCAGAAGUAGAAGAUGAAGAUGCGGAUAUUGGAAACCAACCUUCUUUCCCAGAAGUACCAGAAGUAGAGGACGAAGAUGGUGACAUUGGUAACCAACCAUCCUUCCCCGAAAUACCAGAAGUAGAAGAUGAGGACGGUGAUAUUGGAAACCAACCGUCUUUCCCAGAAGUACCAGAAGUAGAAGAUGAAGACGGUGACAUAGGAAAUCAACCUUCCUUCCCAGAAAUACCAGAAGUAGAAGAUGAAGAUGGUGAUAUUGGCAACCAACCAUCCUUCCCAGAAGUACCAGAAGUAGAAGAUGAAGACGGCGACAUUGGCAACCAACCAUCCUUCCCAGAAGUACCAGAAGUAGAAGAUGAAGACGGUGACAUUGGUAACCAACCAUCCUUCCCAGAAGUACCGGAAGUUGAAGACGAAGAUGGUGAUAUUGGUAACCAACCAUCCUUCCCAGAAGCACCAGAAGUUGAAGACGAAGAUGGUGACAUUGGUAACCAACCCUCCUUUCCAGAAGUACCAGAAGUAGAAGACGAAGAUGGUGACAUUGGUAACCAACCAUCUUUCCCAGAAGUCCCAGAAGUAGAAGACGAAGACGGUGACAUCGGUAACCAACCAUCAUUCCCAGAAGUCCCAGAAGUAGAAGACGAAGAUGGUGACAUUGGUAACCAACCAUCAUUCCCAGAAGUACCAGAAGCAGAAGAUGAAGAUGGCGAUAUCGGCAAUCAACCAUCCUUCCCAGAAGUACCAGAAGUAGAAGAUGAAGAGGGCGAUAUCGGCAAUCAACCAUCCUUCCCAGAAGUACCAGAAGUAGAAGACGAAGACGGUGACAUCGGCAAUCAACCAUCCUUCCCAGAAGUACCAGAAGUAGAAGAGGAAGACGGUGACAUUGGUAACCAACCAUCAUUCCCAGAAGUACCAGAAGUAGAAGACGAAGACGGCGACAUCGGCAAUCAACCAUCCUUCCCAGAAGUACCAGAAGUAGAAGAUGAAGAUAGCGAUAUCGGCAAUCAACCAUCCUUCCCAGAAGUACCAGAAGUAGAAGACGAAGACGGUGACAUCGGCAAUCAACCAUCCUUCCCAGAAGUACCAGAAGUAGAAGACGAAGACGGCGACAUCGGUAAUCAACCAUCCUUCCCAGAAGUACCAGAAGUAGAAGAUGAAGAGGGCGAUAUCGGCAAUCAACCAUCCUUCCCAGAAGUACCAGAAGUAGAAGACGAAGACGGUGACAUCGGCAAUCAACCAUCCUUCCCAGAAGUACCAGAAGUAGAAGAUGAAGAGGGCGAUAUCGGCAAUCAACCAUCCUUCCCAGAAGUACCAGAAGUAGAAGACGAAGACGGUGACAUCGGCAAUCAACCAUCCUUCCCAGAAGUACCAGAAGUAGAAGACGAAGACGGUGACAUCGGCAAUCAACCAUCCUUCCCAGAAGUACCGGAAGUAGAAGAUGAAGAUGGCGACAUCGGUAAUCAACCAUCCUUCCCAGAAGUACCAGAAGUGGAAGAUGAAGAUGGCGGCAUUGGCAAUCAACCAUCCUUCCCAGUAGUACCAGAACUUCCAGAAGUACCAGAAGUAGAAGAUGAAGAUGGCGGCAUUGGCAAUCAACCAUCCUUCCCAGUAGUACCAGAACUUCCAGAAGUGCCAGAAGUAGAAGAUGAAGAAGUUCAAGAAAAUCCAUGCAACGCCUGCUUCGAAUACAUGAACAGUUUGAUUGAACAACUUAACAAUCAGAUUAUCUUUUAAAGAUUAUCUGUCUUUGUCAUAUGAUGUAAGAGGAACAUAUAUAUUUUUCCAAUAAAUAUGAUUGAAUAAUUCAAAAACUUUCUUAGAUACACAAUAAUGAAACAUUCAUGUUCUUUGUAGUAAAGUCCACUUCCUAUAUACAAUAUAUUGAUAAAAUGGAGUUGUUUCUUAUUCUUCUAUAAGACAUCCGUACAUAUUCACCAUAAUUAAAAUUUUAAAUAUUA